AUUUUCGGCGGCCGAUUCGAGAUGGGCGACGCUGAGGCAAUCAUUUUACAAACGGUUGGCCAUGUCCGCGAAGAGAGCAAGAAAUGUGGACUUACUGUUCUGAAUCAUAUUGGAGAUGAACAUUUACGAAAGAAGUACAUGGCUGAGCUUGAAGAAGUUAUGGUAAGUUGUGCAGUAGCUGAACAUAAAGUAAAGAUUGCACGACAAGCUGCAAAGAACGCAAAGUCUUUGGAUAACGAGGAAGCAGCAGAGGCAAAUGAUGUGGGCGAGCUCUUUGACCAGUGUCUGAAGAGCUUGGAAGAUAAUACCGAUCUGCAGGAAGUGGUCAAUAACGACUCCAGUGUCAAAAGUUUCAGAGCAUUGUUGCAGAAUGAGAAAUCAGGUGAUAAUGAAAAUGACAAUGAAGAUGGUGACCUGAUUGUCACACAGCAAGAAGUAAACCUCAUUGAUCCAAUCAGCAUGAAAAGGAUGACAGAUCCUGUGCGUAACAAAAUUUGCGGCCAUGUAUACGAGAGAUCUUCUGUUGUCAAAAUGAUUAAGCAAAGCAAACGGAAAGGGUUUAGCUGUCCAAAUGUAGGCUGUGAAAACAGAGAACGGCUUAAGAUGGAGGACUUGGAAGACGCUAUGGACGUGAAGAGGGAAAUUGUCCUUAGAAAGGAGUGAUGGAGAAAAGAUCAUAUCUUCUCAGAAAGUCACAUUGGUCUAUGAUUUAGGAUUUUAUUCAUUUUCAUACAUAAUAGGUUUAAAGAAUUUUAAAAACUUCAAAGCUAGAAGUGAACUGUUGACAAUUUAGGAUUUUGUUCAUUUUUAUACAUAAUAGUUUUAAGGAAUAUUAAACACUUCAAGGCUAGAAGUGAAUUGUUAACAACAGGAAUAUUUGUAUAAAAAAAUAUGGAUAAAUAAAAUGUAUA